CUGAGUUCAGCCUCAGCCACGAUGCAUAAUUGAAAGUAAAACUUUAAGAGCCUAUAAAUACAAAUGCAACCUUAGAAAACUAUACACAUUCAUUAAUUAUAUCUUCUGGCAAACAUGUGGUCUGUGAUAACGGGUCCCAUCAGAAACAUUUUCUCAAAUGUUCUUUACAAGUUCAUCUACAAAGACUUCCAUGAAGCAGUGGCCAAAAUGGCCAUGAUAGAUGCUUUUCUCUUCAUUAUUGUUCAUUCCAUUGACAAGCUGGGGAUAUGGCCUCGUCUACCUGUUUUGUUAGGGCUAUUGUAUCUGGCUAUUAGACGUCACCUUCACCAAGAGUACAACCUCUUUAACGUUGGAACAACACCAACGGUGGUUAGGUUCAAUGAAGUUGCUGGCAGCCAAGGCACUUUCUUUGGCAGAAAUAUGCUCCCUGUUGAUCAGAAGAAAAAGCUAUUGAAGCCUGAUCCAACGGUGGUAGCCACAAAACUACUAGCCAGGAGGAAAUACAAGGACACAGGGAAGCAAUUCAAUGUGAUUGCAGCUUCUUGGAUUCAGUUUAUGAUUCACGAUUGGAUCGAUCAUCUUGAGGAUACCAAACAGAUUGAACUCACUGCACCAAAAGAAGUUUCAAGCCAAUGCCCUCUAAAAUCUUUCAAAUUCUUCAAGACUAAGGAAAUUCCUACUGUUCCCACUGGAUUCUAUGAGAUCAAAUCCGGAUCAUUAAACAUUCGAACACCUUGGUGGGAUGCAAGUGUUGUGUAUGGAAGCAAUGGAGAAGUUUUACAGAAAGUGAGGACUUUCAAAGAUGGAAAGGUAAAGAUAUCAAAGGAUGGAAACCUUGUGCAUAACGAAAAUGGAACAGCAGUUGCAGGUGACGUCCGCAACAGUUGGGCUGGUGUUUCAACUCUGCAGUCCCUUUUCAUUCAAGAACACAAUGCAGUUUGUGAUUCUCUCAAGAAAUAUUACCCUGAUCUGAAUGAUGAAGAACUUUAUCGCCAUGCAAGAUUGGUGACUUCAGCUGUGAUCGCAAAGAUUCACACCAUUGAUUGGACUGUGGAGCUUCUUAAAACCGAUACUCUACUCGCAGGGAUGCGUAUCAAUUGGUAUGGGUUGUUGGGGAAGAAGUUUAAGGAUACAUUUGGACAUGUUGGUGGGUCCAUCCUGGGAGGUUUUGUUGGUAUGAAGAAGCCAGAAAAUCAUGGUGUCAAAUACUCUUUGACAGAAGAAUUUGUGAGUGUCUAUAGAAUGCACUCACUCCUGCCUGAUAACCUGCAACUGAGAGACAUAUCUGCAACUCCAGGGCCAAACAAAUCUCCACCAGUAAUCAAAGAAAUCCCUAUGAAAAACUUGAUUGGACUACCAGGAGAGAAGACAUUAUCAGAAAUAGGAGUUGCAAUACAGCUUGUGUCAAUGGGUCACCAAGCUUGUGGGGCAUUAGAGCUUUGGAAUUAUCCAGAAUGGCUUAGAGAUCUUGUACCACAGAACGUGGAUGGUACAGAAAGGUCUGAACUUGUGGACCUAGCUGCUCUUGAAAUUUACAGGGAUAGAGAAAGGAAUGUGCCUAGAUACAACCAGUUUAGGAGGGCAUUACUAUUGAUACCUAUCACAAAGUGGGAAGAUCUAACUGAUGACAAGGAAGCAAUUGAAGUAUUGGAAGAGGUAUAUGGAGAUGAUGUUGAAGAACUUGAUCUACUUGUAGGUCUCAUGGCAGAGAAGAAAAUAAAGGGUUUUGCAAUCAGUGAGACAGCUUUUGUAAUAUUCCUCCUUAUGGCAAGCAGGAGGCUAGAAGCUGAUAGGUUCUUCACAAGCAACUAUAAUGAAGAAACAUACACUAAAAAGGGACUUGAAUGGGUGAACACAACUGAGAGUUUGAAAGAUGUGAUUGAUCGUCACUAUCCUGAAAUGACACACAAAUGGCUGAACUCUUCUAGUGCUUUCUCCGUUUGGGAUUCACUCCCAAACUCACCCAAUCAUGUUCCUCUUUACCUUCGUGUUCCUCAUUGAUGCAAUUUCGAUAUUUAUGUGUUCUAUUUAGAUCUAUCUUUUGUUAAGUUCGAAUUAAUAUGUGUGUAUCUUGUCUGGCACUUAUUUCGACCUAUGUGUAUUCAGUCUUAGUUCAAUGUAUUUGAGUUUAUGUGUGUACGCGUAGUUGUGUCAUUGUAAAGUAUGUUUAUUUAUUUCUUUUUUUAAA